AUGGAGCUGCCGAGCCCAUCACUAACUGCACCCCUGGUGCGUGCAGCUGCCAGGGCCCAGCCUGUGCUGAGCCAGCCUCAGUCCGUGUUCGUGCUGCCUGGGCAGAGCGCCCGGCUCUUCUGCACCCUGAGCCCGCAGUACAACAUCAGCCAGUUCGGCAUCUCCUGGUACCAGCAGCGCCCGGGCCGCUCCCUCAGCUACCUGCUCUACUACAACUCCGAGUGGGACAAGCACAAGCCUGCCAGGACUCCCGACCGCUUCUCGGCCACCAAAGACCUCGCCAGCAACGCCUGCAUCCUCACCAUCGCAGCCGAUGAGGAAUCCCCGCACAAUUCCCACAGAACCGGGAACGCCGCCAUGGCCGCACUGCGCCUGCUCAGCGCGGCGCGCGCGCCCCGCCGCAGUUAG